AUGUUUCCUACGACGGCAUUUGCACCGAGCACAAGUGGAGCCUCUUCGUCACCUUUCCGGCGAAAGUGUCACUCGGAGAUCGAUCUUAACCUGAACCUGAGCCCCGUUCCGUCUCCCGACCGGUACGAGGGAUACGCCGAACUGUCCACACAAUCUGCGUCCACUUCGAUGCCACCGCAUCAGCCAUCCCCACCGGUCGCCAGCGGGGGCUCUAGUACCGUUUGUGCCGUCGGGUUCCUUCCCGCCGAUUCCGUCUCGAAGGCGUACGUUCCGGAAGAGGUGUGCCUGCGGGGAUCGUUGCAGGCGACGGGCAGCUCACGGAUGACGAUGAUCCGUAAGUCGUCCUCGACCGGACUGCUGACCGCGAAUGAGGCAGCCGGUGGCGCGAAGGGUUCCCACUGGAUACGGUCCAUUCGGCUGGCGAGCGAUGUCCGGAGCUUCAAUGCGUUGCUCGAACUCACCGCGAGUCAACUGCUGCGCGUGCGGCUUACGGUCGACGUGGCCAGCGGCGAGGAGCUCAAGCUGUGGUUCGCAGAGGAUGUGAUCGCCCACAUGCAGAUCCCAUUCUUGACUCCGGUUAACAUUCAACGACAAAACAGUUACGUUUGCCACCUCUGCCAGCAGUCGUACGAGUAUCCGAACCCACUGAAGAUACACCUGGCCACGGUUUGUAACCGCGAACCGGUGGCCAUUCUGUGGCAUCGGCUCCAUCAGGCGCUCGCAACCCGCUACGGUCCGUUCGGGCCACUGUACGAAUUUCAACCGUGGCGCAGUUCCGCCUUCCGGCCAGUUCUUAACCCUCACGUGGUCAAGAUGGAUCUCGCACUGUCACCACCGGCACACCAUCAUCAGCGACGGAUGCCGUCCGCGAGUGAACCGGUGGCGGCAGACGAGCCCACCGGAGCGCAGCUCGUAACGGCCGCACACCUGGAGACGAUCGUCAGUAACAUGGGCUCGUCGAAGCAGGGCCACGUGUGUAUCUACUGUGGGAAGCUGUACUCGCGAAAGUACGGCCUCAAGAUACACAUCCGGACGCACACUGGUUUUAAGCCGCUCAAGUGUCAGUACUGCUUGCGUCCGUUCGGUGAUCCGAGCAAUCUGAACAAACACAUCCGGCUACACCGACAGCACGAUGGAUCGCUGUACGAGUGCAAUCUGUGCGGAAAGAAGCUGGCACGGCGCCGGGAUCUCCAGCGACACCUGCAGGCACGCCACAACAGCGGUCAGUUGAUGGAUCAGUCCACCACCUCGGAAGACGACGAAGAUGACGAUGACGGGGAUGAUGACGAAAACGACGGACGGCCUAGUGGAUUCCACCGGCACCCGGCUGCAAAACGCCCUCGUAAUGAUGGCCACCCCACUUAG